UCGCAGUCAGACUCAGAUGUCAGAUGGCUCAUUAAUGAAAACAUACGUAUUAUUUCUGUUUUGUGAACAAAAACACAGAAAAACUUAAUUGAAGCCUAUUGCCAAAAUGACCGAGAAGAAUUCUAUCCUGCAUGAACUAUAUGUUUUCUCCGAAUGGAAGCCAGAACCAGAGUAUUUACAAAAACCUGACAAUAUAUUUCCUGAAAAUAUAUCGGCUCUAUGGAAAUGGCUCAAAUUUUUUGGUCCCAAAAAGAGUCUUUUAGAUAGUGUUACUGCACACACAGAAAAACAACAGAAAUGGCAUAUUGCUUUGGGAGAUGAAGGAAAAGUAGUGGCAGUAUUAACUGAUAAUAUAUUGGAGAUUAGAACCAAGCGCUCAGACUAUGCAACAAUUGCAGCAAGAACUACAGUUUCCAGAGAUCCAUAUGCUCAAUGGAGGAAAGUUGUUUGGACCCCAGACUGUUCAUUCUUGGUGAUUGCAUAUGGCAAUGGUGUUGUUAGCUUCUUUGAUCUCACUGCUUCAAAUCUAUUCAACAUUCCAAUUGAUUGUUCUCGGCCUGGGGGCUUGGAGUGCACAGACAACACUCAUGCUGUCUCCGAAAUCAUAUUCAUGCCGCUUAGAGUAAAGGAUACAAAAUGGUCAUGGGAAGUACUGGUAAUAACUUACGACGGCAAGUUGCGCGGCUUCCUAGUGUCGCAGACGGAGGGCUAUAAGCUACAUCACACUUUCCAGUUUGCUGGCGGAGUGUCGGCGGCCGCGUAUUGUGGUGCCCAUGGAUCGUUAUAUGUAGCCGGUGUGCCACAGGCUGCUUAUAAGGAAGCAAGUUCUCCAUUAUGCGCGGGUCUGACAGCGUGGCGCAUAAUAAACGACGAGCCUUUCUAUAAGUUGUCCGUGGUCUCGGAUGAACUGGAAGCGAAGCUGGCCAAUGAGCGUUAUAAGCUCUAUAUACCCUUUGUUUAUUCCAAGAAUAUGAACUUCAUAGUUCACAUGGUGCCAUCACCAGACAGCAGCAAGCUCGCCUGCAUCCACUGCAACGGUGAUGUGUCUAUAUGGAGGCUGCCACUCCUCCGGGGGGAGUACCGGCACAGGCUGGGCGAACAGGAGGCGUUCGACCUGCAGAACCCACUGGUCAAGGAGCCUAGUGGCAAAGACCAGACAUUGUAUUACCCAGCUGAUGUGGACUGGUGGAGUGAUCAGGAAAUAAUAGUGUCCCGAUUCAGUGGAGCGGUAUCAGUAUGCGGAAUUGAGGAUAUGAUUAAUAUUUUGGGCAAGAGACCUGAGUUCUUCCAAGGUGCUCCACAGGUGCGAUGCGCUCAUGAUGGAGCUUUUGUUGCCCUGGAGUGUGAGUCCAACGUGGUGCCCGCUAAUAAGACCCGCAGUGAUGAAUCGAUGGCAGUAGUUAAAUCGGAAACCGAAGACGAUUCAAUGCUAGAAGUAGGCAAGGAGCUUUUCAAGUCUGUGCUAUACGCAAUUACGGAUAUGGAGACAUUCCAGCCAAAGCCCAAGAAGAUCACCAUUGUGUCUCGCGUGUACAGGUUACUGGGGGUGAAAAGCACCACGCCUGAGGAGCUGUUUUCUAGAAAGAUUGAGAGCAGGAAAUACUCUGAGGCCCUAACUCUCGCGGAAACAUUUGGGCUAGACAGCGAUCUAGUCUAUCAACAACAGUGGAGGAAGAAUCCGGUGUCCACUGACGCUAUACAAAAUUAUUUGAGCAAAGUGUCAAAGAAGAUCUGGGUGGUGCAUCAGUGCGUGGAUCGACUCCCGGAGAGUCUCCCCGCGGCCCGCGCUCUCCUGGACUUCGGGUUGCAGCUCACAGCCACCGAUAUCUUGGAUGAAAUAAACAAAGAUUUACCAGAGGACGAAUGGAAGUCACCUGAUGAUAUCACCUUGGAAGAUCUGAAUGCUUAUACGAGUGAACUGUUGCGUUGUAGGCAUGUGAUGAUAUUCUAUAAGGAGAGACUUAACCUGUACGAGGCUAUUCUUCAAUGCGAAAAGUCUACGUACAUAAAAGACGAAUACCAUAGACUACGUAGCAACAGCAUAGUUCAUAGCGCGUUGGAAAUUGCCAAAGAAGGUCGCAUAGAGGCUCUCACUUGUCUAUGGCCAUAUAUAAAGAGUUUACCUAUGCAAUUGGCUGUAUUGGACAAGAUGCCAGAAACAGCUAACCCACUGCUGUAUCAGCAUUUGCUGCCAACUAAGGAGCCGAUAAUUUGGUUUGAAAAGAAAUCGCCAAUAAAAAUAAAGCCCUCUGAGCAUGAGCAUGAUUGGUGUAAGAAAGAGAUUUUCAGACCAAUCUGGAGUUCGAACUGGUCAGAGGACACAACACCCGAGUCCGAAACCACAAUGUCUGAAGCGGAUAUCUCGGAAUGGUAUGAGAGACGAGCCCGCGAAAUAGAAGAACGCAGUGGGCUCGCAUCUCACGCACUUACGCUUAUCACUAUCGCCACUGUGGGGGGCGGGGCCAAGGGUUUAGACACUAUAAUGUUUAAUUUGUUGACUCUGGACACACUUCUAUAUGACCUUAAUGUGGAGGAUGUGACGCUCGCUGAGCUGGAGAAGCUGGAUGUGCUGGAAGUUUGCAAAUUGUUGACCAAAUUGUCGACAACGGAGACCUUUGUAGCGGAUCUACGUCAGUACGUGGUGCCGUUCCUCAAGCGGCACGAGGUGCUCGUGCGCCAGGAGGGCCUGCGCCUCUCGAACCUCAUCAGCUUCCUGGAGGCCAUCAGUGUGGAUGACCUCACACUCAUAUUAGUGGUAUUCCGCUCCAAACGCGAGUUCAACAUAGACCAGAACAUGCUCGUAGAGCUUGCGGAGCGGUGCGUGCUCGCUCAUGCGCACACGCACCAGCUCAGCAUGGCUUGCGAUUUACUGCACUGUAUGCUGAGAGAGACCGACGGCACGAUCUCGAACACGUGCCUGGUGCGGCGCGUGUCGGAGCUGGAGCGCAUAGUGGCGGGCUGCAGCAAGCUGACGUGGCGCGGCGUGGCGGUGGCGCCGCGCGAGCUGCGCGACGUGCUGCCCGAGCGCCGCCACUGCGUGCGCCUGCUGGCGCGCCUCGCCCGCUCGCACGCCGUCGACCCGCACGUGAGUGAAAAAACAAAACAACGCGAAUGGAAUAACAUUCUCAAAGAUAUGUUGGAUCUGCAGAAUACAAUAUUCGGUUGCGUAUCUCGUGAGGAGUGCCAUGAAAUCUACGCGUCCGCCAUGCUAACCUCGGGCGACAUGGACAGCAUCCGCAUGGCGGCUGAUGUGCUGACGUGCACGCCGCUCAUGCGUUACGGCUCCCACGUCAUCAACUACGAGAACACGGUUAAGCUGGUGCUGGAUGCCGCAAAGGAGUACUUCAACUCGGCCUCCUCGCUUACUGACCCGUCGCUACAGCUGGCCAGAUCAUGUUUAAAUUUAAUCGCGCCUGGAAAUCCUGAAGUGGAAAAAGAAAUUGACCUGAUAGAAGCCCUGCCCAUUCUAAAUGCGUUCAGGAUUAAAUUGUUGCCAAUUCAAGUGCGCCUCUGCGAAGAUCGUAUGAAGCUGAUUGAGGAUUGUUUGAAAUCUGAGUCUAGCGCUUUCCUGGCAAGUGAGAAAUUACUGCAAGUGGCGAAGAUGUUACGAGUAGCAGGAGACGAUGAUGAGGCCAGGGAGGGCAUGGUGCUGACGCAGGUGUGCGCGGCGGCGCUGGGCGCGGGGUGCGGCGCGGGCGGCGGCGGCACGGCGCUGGCGGGCGCGCGGCGGCUGGCGGCGCUGCGCGUGGCGCGCGCGGCGCCCGUGCUGGCGGGCGUGGCGCGCGCGGCGCCGCCGCACACCGCGCCGCACGUGCGCGCCGACCUGCUCGCCGCCGCGCUCGCCUUCUGCCCGCCGCGCCAGCUCGAGGAGGUGCUGCACUCGCGACUAAAAUUGGAGCUCGAAAGUCUUCAACCCAAGCCGAGUCAGCCCGAAAUUAACUACUACGGAUACCGCUGGCCCUCCACUGAUGACGAAUUUUCUGAUGCAGUUAGCACGCCUGUCACAGAGAAGAAAGAUAUCACGACACCAGCUCAGUCCGAAAAGAAACCUUUGCUCAAUUACUUAGUGGACACUAUUCAAAACAAGUUUGCUGCAGGCGAACGAACACCGGACACGGAAGCGGAGAUGAUCCAGCGCAAAGUGCACUGCCAAGAGUUCUACUCCACGCUGUACCCACAGCUCGAAGUGGCCAACGGUUUCUACCGCUACGACAAGUUCUCGAUGGACACGCAGCUCGCGCACGACUCGCCCCACUCGCGGCUGAAGCGCUACUACAUACAGAGCUGUCUGGAGGACGGUCGAGUUGCUGGAGAGAAUGAGGCCGAAGUGGUACAAAAGUGCGCGGAGGAGCUCGUGUACAAGGACACGGCGCUGAGUGUGGCGUGCCUGCUAGCCGGCGGGGCCAGGGGGGCGGCGGGCGAGGGCGCGGGGGCGGGGGCUGCGGGGGCCAGCGUGGGGCACUCGGCCGCCGCGCUCAGUGCGGCGCUGUACGCGGAGCUGCUGCGCUGUAACGCGCCCACUCUGCGCGAUAAUGUGUACCUCACGCGACCCGCUGAGCUGGCGACGAGGACGCUGGGCGAGCGGGGCGCGGGCGGGGGCGCGGGCGGGGGCGCCGGCGGGAGCGCGGGGGCGGCGGCAGCGGCGCGGCGCUGCGCCGGCCGGCUGAGCGCGCUGGGCGAGGUGGGGCGGCUGCGCGCGCUCGGCGUCAGCGUCAACGCGCUCAUGUUCCACGCGGACGCGGACUACCGCCGCGAGGUCAUAUACCGCCUCGCCAAAUCGAACUCGGAAGAGCACGCGCAGCUGGCGUGCAGGCUCGCGCUGAAGUACGGGCUGGAGCUGCUGGACGUGUGGCUGCACCACGUGGCCUCGGACAAGUCGCUGUCGCACAUCGCGCCGGACGCCAUCGACGACAUCGCGCGCAGACCCAACGCGCAUGCGCGUAUUCGCGAAGUGCUUUGGCCAGAGAUAGAGGGCAAUAACUACGUAGCGUUGAUAAACUUCUUCACGUUGCUGAAACGAGUGGACGAGCGGCCGCUGGUGUAUGGGCUGAACGCAACCGAACAUAUCAAAUUAUUGAAGAAGGCUAAAGCUGCUUCUCCUGAUCUGGACUACAAGUUGCUCCUGGAGCAGCCAUCGGAGGAGCGCUUCAUGGCGCACGUGCUCUCCAUCAUCAGGCCGGAGAACGUGGCGCUGCUCACCAAGUUCCUGCGCACCUUGCCGCCCGCCUUCCACGUGCCGGUCUCCGUCAGCGUCAUAUACACGCGCUGGCUCACUAAGCACUUCUUCGACGUGCCGCAAUCGAUGACAGCGGCGAACAACAAGAAGUGGAUGCAGCAGUACCGCGAGUGCGUGAGCUACUUCAACAAGCUGACCAAGGACGAUAUCCUCGCCUUCGUUGAGAGCACUUGCUUCUCGCGAGAAGCUAUAGAACGUGUAAACGGCGCAACGAGACAGGCGAUGGUCGCACAGGCGGCGGACUACUGCCAGCUCGAGCACGAAAACGAGACGAAAAUCAACCACGGGUCAACGGCGUGGUCAAACGUGGGCCAAGAGCUAAGCCGGUGGGCAAGAUUCCUGGAGAACUUUCACUCGGAGGCUGUGCAGCACAUCCGCCUCGCUUGCGACGCCCCACCACAUUUGUGGAUAGAGCUGGAGAUGACGCGCGGUGACGGAGUCCUGCCGAUAGCCAGCCAGCUGCUGCUGAACCCGACGCUGCGAGCCGGCGCGCUGGAGUCGCUGCUGCACUGCCUCAACCUGCGGCUCGACCUGCCCCAGCUGUUCCUCUUCGCCGCCGACAACCUGCUGCACGACGACGAAUGCACGCAGAGGCUGGUGAGCCGCAUGGCGCAGUACCACAAGGAGGGCGGCGAGCUGCCCGAGGCGCUGCUGGAGCGCGUGGGGCGCGGCCUGGCGCCGCACGCGCGCCUCGCGCUGCUGGCACUGGGCGCGCGCCCCCCCGCCCCCGCCGCCCCCGCCGCCGCCCCCGCCGCCGCCGCCACCGCCGCCCUGCUCCGCGACCAGUUCGCGCCCGACGACUACGCGCAGCGCCUCAGCGAGGACAUGUUGCUAACCGAAGAGGGCAGAUGGGAAGUGUUCGCGGCGCUCCUGUCGCGCAACGGCACGUGGGAGCGGCGCCGCGCGCUCGCCGACGCGCUGCUGUGCUGGCCGCACACGCGCCGCACCGAAUCGUCCCACAGCCUGCAUUGUGAGUACAUCCACCACUUGCUACUUCAGCCGAGCGGACACGCGGAAAAUUUGCUGCUCAUUAAGAUGCUUCUUAGGAGUCCCGUGCUCACUGAACAGGAGGUGCAAUGGCUGCUUACCGAUAUAGACGGAGGAGCGGUGAUGAACGCCGUCUGGGUGAUCGUGAUGAGCAAGUGUGAUAACUACGAAGAUAUGUUGUGUAAACUGCUUGCUGAUUAUAAGGAAACAAUACAGAAUGAAGCAAUUGAAGAAGAGCUGAUCAAGGAAGUUUUAGACCAAGGAUUAUUUAUUAAAUUAGUAGCUAGUCCUCUUUAUUCUUCUAUUAUUAACUAUAUACUUAGUGGUGAGGUGUCGAGUGGCGAGCCAACGUGCUCCUAUACUGUGAAUAGAGCAGUAGAGGAAUUGAUCAAAGCUAACUUCAUAGCAGAAGCAGGACAUCUCCAGUUAAUGUCUAUGGGUGUCCCUACACCAUUGCGUGGUUUCACCCAAUCUGUAGUCUAUUGCAGAAAUUUAUUUAAGUAAAACAAUAUAUUUAUCGCACACAUUGUAUAUUAUUAAGUUAUUAAAUUAUCUCUGUAGUAAUGCUCAUUUUAUUUUUAUCAUUAAGGAAUACCUUACUAUUAAAUAUGUGCUAUGUGUGUGUA